GCCUACUACGUUUUGUUAGGAUAUCCUCCUCAUACCGCACUAUUACCAUGUAUCCGAAGAUGGAGCAGCAGGGGACGAAAGCCCCCACAGGUGUUUGAGCAAGCUAACAUUCGGUUAAUUUUUUUAUCUUUGGAACGCUGCUACAUUUAUAAAAAAUGACUACAUACGGGCUAGGCUUACACAGCAUAGGACUAAACAUGUUGUUUUGCUUUCUCUUACGUCAUGCCGAUUCGUACAAUUUAGACAUACCGCACGCUAUUCCACUCAGUGGUCCGAAUGGAACAUUUUUUGGAUAUUCUGUGUUGCUACACAAGCAUCAGCAACAGACAUGGGUAAUAGUUGGCGCACCAGUUGCAAAUUCAAGGUUCAACCAGGCUGUCAGGAAUCCUGGAGCAAUCUACAAGUGCAAAAUUACAGACAAAAUGGACUGUGAACAGAUUCAACUCGGUGUAAUGCUUGACAUGCCCUGUGGCAGACACUGUUCUGCUGAGGUUGAAAACCAGUGGCUUGGUGUGAGCAUUUCCAGGCGGCAGCAGGAUGGACUUGUGUUGGCCUGUGGACAUCGUUGGAAAAAUGUCUACUUCACCAAAAAAGAAGAUCUAAAUAAGUUGCCACAUGGCGUAUGCUACAAAUUGGAGUCUGACUUGAAUCAAUCAAGUCCUUUGAUUCCAUGCUACAGAGAUCACGAAAAUAAUUUUGGCAAUGACUUUGCAUCAUGUCAAGCAGGGAUUUCAAAUGUCCUUAUUGGGGACCUCAUAGUAAUGGGAGCCCCUGGAACCUUGUAUUGGACUGGGUCUGUUUUUGUCCACAACAUAUCCAGUCAGGUCACUUCUGCCUACUUGGAUGAUAACGUUGUCCUCUAUGGAAGUUAUUUGGGGUACUCAGUCAGCGCUGGCCACUUCCUGCACCCAAACUCCACUGAGGUAGUGGGUGGAGCCCCCCAGUACGGGCAGACUGGAAGAGUAAGAGUUAACAGUGCAUCCCUUUCCAACCCAUUGUCAUCUACAGAAAAACAGAGAUACAGUCAGGCCUACAUCUUUAGCAUAGAGUCCAGCACACUGAGCAUCAUCUCUGAGGUUAAAGGUCAAAAGCUGGGUUCCUAUUUUGGGGCCACUGUGUGUGCGGUGGACCUGAACACUGAUGGCCUGUCUGACCUGCUGGUGGGAGCUCCAAUGUUCAGCGCUGUGAGGGAGGAGGGCCGUGUGUACAUCUACAUGAACCAGGGACAGGCUAACAUGAAGGAGAUGGAGUUUACAUUAGCAGGGAGAGAUUCAUAUGCAGCCCGGUUUGGGGAAAGUAUCACAAGUCUUGGAGAUAUUGAUGAUGAUGGCUAUCCAGAUGUUGCAGUUGGGGCACCACAAGAGGAUGACCUACAUGGUGCUAUUUAUAUCUACAAUGGGAGGAAGACGGGACUUGAACAAUACUUUUCUCAAAGGAUUGCUGGGUCUGCCUUGGGUAGUGCUUUCAAGAUGUUUGGCCAGUCUGUGUCUGGGGGCAUUGAUGUUGAUGGAAACGGUUACCCAGAUGUGGCCGUGGGAGCCUUUCUGUCCGACUCUGCUGUUGUUCUGAGGACACGGGCGGUUGUUGUGGUGGAGGCGACGAUACUUCUUCCUCCUAGUGUGAACCGCACCCAUGCCCUGUGUACAGAGAACGGCCAGCCUGCCGUUUGCCUCAAAACCUCUGUGUGCUUCCAGUUGCACGCGAAACGUGUCUCUGGGCUCGUCGAAAUACUGUACAACCUGACGGCUGAUGUCAAGCACAUAGAGGGUCUCCAGUCCAGAUUCUUCUUCAACACCAAUGGCACAGAGUUAUCAAAUGCCACAGCAGGCAGCAUCAAGACCAGGCAUGGCCACAUGACCUGUGUUACCCACCUGGCCUUUCUGAGGAGAGACAUUCGGGACAUCUUCACCCCCAUCCACUUUGAGCUGCAGUAUGAGCUGGGAGAGCACAAUGUGGUGAGGGGUAACUCCAAGAGCUUUCCCCCUCUCAGGCCUAUGCUCCAGAGGGGAGAGGAGUACAGCAACUUGCUGACCAACAAGACUGUAUUCACCAGGUACUGUGCCAGGGCCAACUGUUCCACCAAUCUGCAAGUGUCUGCACAGCUGCUGUUACCGAGGACACAUAGAGACAUGCCAUACGUUGCCCUGGGGGAGGGGAAGACCAUUCUACUGAAUGUUACGCUGUCCAAUGCUGGCGACGCUGCCUUCCUCCCCAUGCUUCACCUGAGAUACCCCAGCAAUCUCUACUUCAUCAAAGUGUUGGACGCUGAGGAAAAAUACGUGAGCUGUAAAAUUGCUGAGGAAGAGAAGACAAGUGUCGGGCUAGAUUGCAGCGUGGGAAAUUUGUUUUUCAACACCUUAGCCAAAGUUAAUAUCAGCUUUCUGCUGGAUGUCAGUGCUGACAGUGAACCUGGUGACCUGAACAUUAUAAUCAAUGCAACCCGGGAGAAUUUAGAAAAUGAAGAUCUUCUCCAUGACAAUAUUGUUAAUCUGACUCUGCUGUUGAGAUAUGGAGUGAAUCUAAACAUCCACGGUUUUGUAUCCCAAACAGAGUUUGUGUUUGGGGACUUUGAGGAGCCACACUGCUCCGCUGAGAGGUUCAAAUACACUUUCAAGGCUGUCAAUGUUGGUCCAAGCAUAUCUCACGGCACAAGAGUGGAAAUUGAUAUCCCCAAAGCUUUAGCACCGUAUCCAUACAGACUGCUCAACAUUUUGGACAUACAGUCAUCUUCUGGGUGGUGUUACAUUCGAAACUCCACUGAUGGGACCAGCAGUACACAUGGCAACAUGUAUGGAAGCCAGAGAGCCAGUACCAUUGACAGUGUUUGGUUAAAUGUGACAACUACCACUGACAGCUAUUUGACGAAUAGGUCCAGCACCACACACCCUUAUUGGACUAAUAUUUCCAGUACCACUGACACCAAUUGGACUAGUAUAUCAUAUUGGGCCAAUGUGAGAAACUGGACCACUGUUAUUGAGGAUGAGUGUGAUCUGCCUGACUCCAAUCCCUUGAAUGAAUUCUUCUUCUUCUUCUCGAAAAGCAGUAGAAGACAUAUGUAUUGUAUGAAAGAGGAUGCUCUGUGUCUGUACGCGGUGUGUGAUCUUGGAGACAUGGACAUUGGGAAAGAUGUCACCAUUGAAAUGGAGGUCGAAAUGAAUUCGGGAGUUUUAGACAUCUCACCGGGAAGACAUAGUGUCAUGCUGUUAGAGACCACUGCUGUCAUAUCACCCAAGAAGGACCCAUUUAUUUGGUUCUUAAAAGAAGACCACAUCACAGUGGUUGUCCUGGAGGCCCAUCAUAGCCACAAACUGAAACGAGUCAUUGAGCUGUCCAUCAUCGUGGCCAGUCUCUUACUAGGCCUCUUCAUCCUUGCCUUGCUGGUCAUCUGCAUGUGGAAGAGUGGCUUCUUUAAGCGUGAAUACAAGAUGGAGAAUAUACAAAGGCUCAGCUGGGACUGCUGAGGACUGACAUUGAUUCAUAUCAAAUAUAUGACACAAUGUCAAAGUUAAAGGGGAAAUUCAGUACAACAUAAUGUUAGAUGGUUCCUCAACCUGAAAGUAGUCUAAUCAUCUAAAAUUAAUUAUAUUUUCUGACACCCUGCAGUCACAUUUUGGCACCAGUAGACUAACUAGCUAGCUAGCUAUGUAAACCACACCCUUCUGCGAACACGCCUUAUGCAAUGAUGGCUACAAGGCAGUACAUAUUUAAAUUAGGUAAGAGUAUAAGAUAUUACCAUUGGUGUAUAAAAAUGACCGGCUUUAUGUGGUGUCACACAAAGCCUUAGCUUUUGGAUGAAGCCAGUAACCUUAUGGUCAAACGUUAUUGAUGUACCAGCAACAGUAAUUUUUCAGUCUUUAGUCAUCGUACUAUGAUCUGGUUUCAUCCAAAUAUCAUCCAAUCUGAUGAAAAACAUGAUUUUGACUGUUUGUGACCUUUAAGUUUUAAAAUAAUGAACUUCCCCUUUAAUCAGUGACUGAGGAUUGAUUGACCCACUGUACAGUGUCUUGCAAAGGUAUUCACCCCCUUGGCGUUGUUACUAUUUUGUCCCAUUACAUCCUGUAAUUUUAAUGGAUUUUUAUUUGGAUUUCAUGUAAUGGACAUACACAAAGUAGUCCAAAUUGGUGAAGUGACAUUUUUUUAAUAACUUGUUUAAAAAUGUUUUUGUUUAAAUGCAAAUUAAUGACUUAAUCAUACAAUGUGAUUUUCUGGAUUUUUGUUUUAGGUUAAGUCUCUCACAGUUGAAGUGUACCUAUGAUAAAAAAUUACAGACCUCUACAUGCUUUGUAAGUAGGAAAACCUGCAAAAUCAGCAGUGUAUCAAAUACUUGUUCUCCCCACUCUAUGUAUUCACCCACUUUGUUAUGAAGCCCCUAAAUAAGAUCUGGUGCAACCAAUUACCUUCAGAAGUCACAUAAUUAGUUAAAAAAGUCCACCUGUGUGCAAUCUAAGUGUCACAUGAUCUCAGUACAUACACACCUGUUCUGAAAGGCCCCAGAGUCUGCAACACCACUAAGCAAGGGGCACCACCAAGCAAGCUGCACUAUGAAUACCAAGGAGCUCGCCAAACAGGUCAGGGACACAUUUGUGGAGAAGUACAGAUCAGGGUUGGGUUAUAAAAAAAUCGGAAUCUUUGAACAUCCCACCGAGCACCAUUAACUUUGUCGGGAUCAGUGUCCCUUCCAUGGGACGGUUGAGCUAAUGCGAUAAGCAUGAGGUUGUAAGUAACACAAAACUUUCCCAGAUCAUAGACAUAUCUGAUCUUGGCAGAAAGCGUAGAUUCUUGUUAAUCUAGCUGCACUGUCCAAUUACAGUAGCUAUUACAGUGAAAGAAUACCAUGCUAUUGUUUGGGGAGAGUGCACAGUUUUUAACAUGAGGUUAUAAAUAAAUUAGGUACUUUUGGGCAGUCUUGACACACAAUUUUGAACAGAAAUACAAUGGUUCAUUGGACCAGUCUAAAACGUUGCACAUUCACUGCUGCCAUCUCGUGGCCAUAAUCUAAUUUGCACCUGGGCUGGAAUGAUGCAUUAUGGCAUUUCUCUGUAUCUUCUCCUACAUUCCUUUCACAUUUCCACAAACUUCAAAGUGUUUCUUUUGAAAUGGUACCAUGAAUAUGGGAUGUGAAUAGUUAUGCAUGCUCAAGUUUUCAGUUUUUUUUUGUCUUAUUUCUUGUUUGUUUAAAAAUAAACACAUAUUUUGCAUCUUCAAAGUGGUAGGCAUAUUGACACACUUAAAAUAUUUUUUUUAUGUGGAUUUAUAGGAAUUGUGUAAAUGAAAUGAUACAAAUCCCCGAAAAAUCGAUUUUAAUUCCAGGGUGUAAGGCAACAGAAUGGGAAAAAUGCUAAGCGGGGUGAAUACUUUCACAAGCCACUGUAUUGGGGGUGGCAGGUAGCCUAGUGGUUAGAGCGGUGCGCAAGUAGCUGAAAGGUUGCAGGAUUGAAUCCCCAAACCUACAAGGUAAAAAUCUGCCAUUAACCCACUGUUCCCUGGUAGGCCGUCACUGUAAAUAAGAAUGUGUUCUUAGCUGACUUGCCUCGUUAAAUAUUAUAAUAAUAAUGAAGUCGUAUGAGAAACUGGCAAAUAGACACACUUAAAAUAAUGUUUUUUUAUGUGGAUUUAUAGGAAUUCAGAGGGAAAUUACAAAAUGCACUUUAUAUUUGACGAGACAUCUUGAGAUUAACCUACAUGAACAAAAGCAAACUAAAUUUGAUAUAGGAACUAGAAAAAUGCUCAGCUUUUGAAAGGCAAUUAUGUUUUCUAUGCAACUCAAGUUUUUGAAAUGUCUCAAAUGUGAUUCUAAAUUUCAAUAGACUACAUGCCAUCUAAAUUGCAGUAUUGUUUUUGUAAAAAAAAAAAAAAAUUGUACCAUGCUGUAAAUUAUUAGUUAUUCCUGUACAGGGAGACAAGGUGUUGUCAUUUUGUAGGCCGAGUCUGACUGCCUGGUUCUAAUCAAAUUUCACCCAUGUUUUCACAGUGAUUAUUUUAGAUAGCUACAAUAAAGUCUGUGUAGCAUGUAGGUGUACUGACUAGCUAUUGUUCUGAGAAGGUGACGUCAAUCAAUGUUUGACUAAAAAGAAAGACUAAAAACCUCUUAAAGAUAAAAAAACCUCUUAAAGAUAUUAUUUGGUUAAAAAGAACGUAUUGCAAUUCGUUGGCCUAAGUCUUACAGAGACCUUUUUAUCGCUAUAAAAAAGCUAUCUUGUGGGAAAAUGGAUGAGGGCAAAUGGCAGCAAAUCACUUCUUAGCUUUGUGUACUACAAAAUGACACCGGCACACCUCAGCACUCUAUUGCACUGAAAUGUGGCUUGUUUUAUUUUCUUAACUUUUAAAAAGACAGGUUGACACCCUCAGUUAUUUUAGAAAUGCACAACUUCUGUUUGUCACUUCCACUAAAUGGUACUUGUCUUUAGGAUGUUACCAAUUACCUGAAGUUGAACCGAUUUCAAGUAAGGAAAGUGCUUAUUCUAGAAACCACUGGUUUGAAUGCAUUUGCAACUCUUCAAGGCGCCAUAUGGUGGCAUUGGUUAACACCAUACAUGCCUCACCAGUACCAUACUUGACCCAAAAUUAACCCACAUACUGCAGGUGUCAUCUGUACUAUAAUCAAUCAUUUCAUUUAAGAAACAUUUUCAUUGCCAUCCAUUAUGAAUGUUGAUCAUUAAAUAUCUUCUUACUGAAAUGUCCAAGCAGUGUGUUUGUAUUUCCAAAGUCUGAUUGUCACGCCCUGACCUUAGAGAUCCUGUUUAUGUCUUUAUUUUGGUUUGGUCAGGGUGUGAGUUGGGGUGGGUAUUCUAUAUUCUAUUAUUUGUAUAUCUAUGUUUUGGCUGGGUAGGGUUCUCAAUCAGGGACAGCUGUCUAGCGUUGUCUCUGAUUGAGAACCAUACAUAGGUAGCCCUUUUUUUCCACCUGUCUUUUUGGGAAGUUGACUUUUGUUUAGCCUUAGCCUUUAGCUUCAUGUUUUUUUUCUUGUUCUGCUUCUUUUUUCCAAAUAAAGAGAAAAUGUAUGGACA